AUGCCUUUAAUGAAAAGGAGGAAAUCUAAUAACGAAAAUAUUAAAGAGAAAAAAGCAAUAGCCACGAGGUUAAUGGUGAUCAGUUUGAAGGUUGAUGACUACAUCUACAAGAAUAAGCCUAUAUCCUUACAAGAGGCUCAAGAAUACAUUAAAGAAAUAGCAACAUAUAAACUGAAAUGUGUCAAUGACGAGAGAUCUUUACAGGUUAUUGAAAAAUUGACCAUAUUUAUGAAAAGCAUUAUCAAUGAAAAUAAUAUGUGUCAUGAUUCUAAUGAGUACUUGAAUACAGAAUCUGAGGCCAUUAAAGAUGGUGUAACAGAAAAUACUGAUGAUAGUAAAAUCAUACCAAAUGAUACUGUAACAGAUAUAAAUAAAAAAGACUGGGCAGACGAGAUUAAUAUUGUUGAUUUAACUAUUUCUAAGAAUGAUGAGCAAAAUGAAUCUCAUACAGAGGUACAAAAUAUUACAAUGAAAGCAAUGUCAAAUAUGUCCUUACAUAAUUCAGUUAUCAAUCUUAAUGGUGAUACAAAUGAUCUUCAAUCACCUUCAAUAAUUAAUGGAAGAAACGGAUAUGAUUUUGAAUUGAAUAGUGAUAGCAGUAUUCUCAUACAAAAUGGUCAAAACAAAAACACACAUUUAACAAUCGCUGGAAAAUAUAUAAAGGACUUUGAAGCAGCCAAUAUUAUGGGUAAUAACAGUAAACAUAUAGACAACAAAAAUAUUCAAACGCCUUCUACAAUUAAUGAAGGAAACGGAUAUGGUAUAGGAUGGAAUUGUGAUAGCAGUAUUCUCAUACAAGAAGAACAAAAUAAAAACACACGUUUAACAUUUGCGCGAAACAAUAUAACGGACUUACAAAUACCUAAUAUUAUAAACAAUAUCAGUAACCAGGUAGACAGCAAUAUUCAAUCGCCUUCAUUAAUUAAUGAAAGAAACGGAUAUGGGAUAGGAUUGAAUUGUGAUAGUCCAAAUCUCAUACAAAAUGAUCAAUACACAUAUUCAACAAUCGCUGAAAACGAUAUAAGGGACUUCGAAGUAACCAAUGUUAUAGAAAAUAACAACAACCAGAUAGGCAACAACAGUAACCAGAAGAUUCAGAAACUUUUUGGUAUUGAUGAUAAAAAUAUUGAAAACAAACAAAACUCGAUCAUAAAAGAUGUUAAAACUUGUAAGUGUUUGAAAAACGAUAAUGAGAUAAAUGUAAUUACACCAAAAGUUAACGAUAAAAAAGAUAAAAUAGAAGCAACCGUGAAAAACUCAAAACUUAAACCAAAAGAAAAAACUGUUCGCACUAAAAAAGCAAUUAAAUCUAUAGAUACAGACAAAAAUCAAAAUAUAAAUAAAAUACGUAAGAAAAAAGGGGAAAUUACUAAGAAAAACAAUAAAAGAAAUACUAAAACGAAUGUAUUGAAUACAUUUGAUUCUAAUUCUAGUAAAAAUAAUAUCGUACCAGAAUUACAUAAAGAAAAAGAAAGAAAAGAAGAUUUAUCGUGGAUUGAAAACCUUAAAUACGUAAGAGAAAUAUCCAAAGAAGAAUACGAUUCGACACAAACUAUAGAAGAAACAUUUUGGAAUGACUUAUCAUUGCCCGUUGAUUUUAAUUGGAAUGAUUUUGACUAUACUGAUUAA